AUGGGGGACGUGUUGAUUCACAUGCUCUCGAAACUAGUAGUAGUUCUACUGCUGUUUCCUCUUGUGGUUGUUAACUUUGUAGACUCUUUGCAGCAGCCGUCUUGCCAUGAUGAGGAGCGCUCUGCCUUGCUGCAGUUCAAGGAGAGCUUUAUUAUUGACAAAUCUGCUUCACAUUCUGAAGGUGCUUAUCCAAAGGUUUCAUCAUGGAAACCAGCUGGAGGAGGAAAUAGCAGCUGCUGCUCGUGGGACGGCAUGGAGUGUGACGAGAUGACGGGUCAUGUUAUUGGUCUUAAUCUUAGCAGCAGUUAUCUCUACGGCUCUUUCGACUCCAACAGUAGCCUGUUCAGCCUGGUGCAUCUUCAAAGUAGCCUGUUCAGCCUCAAAGUCCCAUAUGAAGUCUCACACUUGUCCAAGUUGACAUACCUUGAUCUGUCUUGCAAUGUUAUUGAAAUUGAAACAUCUCCUAGUGAUCCUCAGCGAUUGAAAUGUGAUCUAUUUGGCGAAUUCCCAGUGAGAAUUUUCAAUCUACAGAACUUAAAAGUUCUUAGUGUGAGAUACAACCAAGAUCUUACUGGAUAUUUUCCUGAAUUUAAUCGAAGUAGUCCUCUAAUCUUACUGAAAGUUGCUUAUACUAGGUUUUUCGGACAAAUACCUUCCUCGUUUGAAAAGCUUAAUUCAUUGCAAGAGUUGGAUGUAGCUCAAUGCAAUUUUUCAAAAGGGUUGGUUCCAUCUGCACUUGGUAAUCUUAGACAGCUCACUUAUCUAGACAUUUCAGCAAACAAAUUUGGAGGUCCAAUUCCUGAUUCUUUGGCAAACCUUACCCAAUUAACUGUGUUCAGGAUUAGUACGAGUUAUUUAAUUGGUCCAAUUCCAUCUUGGCUAGGUAACUUUAGCAAACUAGUUUACCUAGAUUUUGCUUUUAAUCAUUUGAAUGGUUCAAUUCCCGCCUCAUUUUCCAAUCUCACCAAUCUCGAGAUCCUUUAUCUACAAUCAAACAACCUGAGCGGUGUAGUGGAGUUUCAAAUGUUUCAGAAGCAACAAAAUCUCUACCAACUCCAAUUGAGUUGGAACAACUUUGAAUUUGUUACUGGAUCCAAUAUUAUGAACGCAACUCUUCGACAGUUCACCAUUGUGGGUUUGAGUUUGUGCAAUUUAAAAGAGUUCCCAUAUUUCCUACAAAAUCAGACAAAUUUGGAACGGUUGGAUCUGGCAGACAACAAAAUCGGUGGCCAAGUACCAAACAAGAUGUGGAAUUUAAGCAAGGAAACCCUGAUAUUCUUGGACAUUUCUGCAAACUUAUUUUCAGGAGAACUUCUAGCUGUCAUACCCUGGGUUAAACUACAAUGCUUGAGGCUUUCGUUCAACAGGUUUCACGGAGGAUUACCGAUCCCUCCACCAUCCCUUCUAGAAUAUGGAGCGACCAACAACAAAUUCACUGGAGAAAUUUCACCGUUUCUUUGCAAUAUGAGUUCUCUUCUGUAUCUUGACUUGUCGAAAAAUAACUUGAGUGGCACGCUUCCUCAGUGUCUCGGAAACUUUAGUGAUGAUCUAAUCCUUUUACUUCUUGGAAGCAACUCUUUUCAUGGAAUGAUGCCUCAACCAUUCAACAACAGAAGCAGUUUGAUGAUGAUUGAUGUUAGUCAUAACCAAUUGCAGGGGCAACUACCAAGGUCAUUGGCGAAUUGUGUGAUGCUUGAGUAUCUGGUUCUGUCAAACAACCAAUUCAGUGAUGUUUUCCCCAUUUGGUUGGGGACUCUUCCAGAGUUAAAACUUUUGGCAAUGCGCCACAAUUGGUUCAACGGUGUAAUAGGACAGUCUAGAACAAAUGUUGACUUCCCCAAGUUACAUAUUCUUGAUUUGUCUUUCAACAAUUUCACAGGUAAGAUUCCACCUUUGUUUCCAAAUAUUAUUGUUAACAAGUCAACAUAUAUGUCCAUAUACGUAGCCUAUCAAGUCAAUGAUGCUUAUAUUGUUCAUCAGAGUAUUCCUUACUCAAUCACAAUAGCAAUUAAGGGUCUGGAGUUGUACUAUUCAAAGAUUCAAGAAGGCUUUGCAGCCAUUGAUAUCUCAAGCAACAAAUUUGAAGGUAAGAUUCCAGAAUUCAUUGGGGACCUUAAGGAGCUUCGCUCACUCAAUAUUUCCAACAACAUUCUCACUGGUACAAUUCUAUCUUCCUUUGGGAAGUUAAGGAAUCUUGAAUCGUUGGACCUUUCAAAGAACAAGCUCUCAGGACAGAUCCCCCAACAACUGACGCAGCUUACAUUCCUUGGGAACUUAGAUGUGUCUCACAACAAUCUCACAGGUCAUAUACCGCAAGGUACCCAACUUACUUCAUUCAAUAGCACUUCAUAUGAGGGAAAUCCAGGAUUGUGUGGAGAUCCAUUACCAAAGCAAUGUGGAAACCAAGAGGCCCCUCAACUGCCACUUUCAACUGAAAAUGACAGUGAUUCAGGCUCAACUCGAACGCUUGAAUUUGAUUUGAGAUUUGGUUUGGCUGGAAUUGGAAGUGGGUUUGUAGUGGGAGUGGUUCUUGCGGAUGUCGUAAUCACAAGAAGGCAAGAGUUGUUUCUUAAGAUUGUUGGAAUGGUCAGGCUAAUGAUAUGGAAAAGGUAG